UGAAGUUCUCAUAUGAGGCAUUUUGAGAAGGCCCUAUUUCUUUCUCAGCACCGACCUGCUUUCAGGUGAUUGACAAUAAAGCUAACUGAAGGGGUGGAAAAUGAGAGUUGAGUCGGGUCCCACUGAGGUGAUUUUGUCCGGCGGGAAAAACCACACGGAAGAGAAACGGGGCUGUUCUGGUUACGCCUGGGAUGAAAGAAAGGAGAUAGAUCCUGUAAUUACUUCAACGGAGAGGCGGUGGGAAGAAAACGGAAUUAACGACAGAUCUCCAGAAACUGUUUGAUGUGGACGGCGCUACCUCCUCCCUCUUUCUCGCAUGUCGUCAGUCAUCUUGAAGCCCAAAGUUCCUCCUUAAAUCCGGCAGAAAGGACAUUUACAGAAAAGGCAGGUGGCAAUGCAUAACCAAUAGAUCCAGACUUCAACAAUCUUUUCUCUCACAAUGAUCAAAUGCUUGCCUGAAGAAGUACAAACCAGUUUACGCUCUGGAGUGGCCAUUAACUCAGUCGGACAUUGUGUUGAGGAGCUUAUCCUUAAUAGCGUAGAUGCAAAAGCUACAUGUAUUGCUAUUAGAGUGGAUUUGGAAACCUUUAAGAUCCAGGUGGUAGACAAUGGCUGUGGGAUGGAAAGAGAAGACCUCAAUAAAGUAGGCAAUAGAUACUUUACUAGUAAAUGUUAUUCAUUGGAAGACUUAGAAAAUUUGAAGUUUUAUGGCUUCCGUGGAGAGGCUUUGGCAAGUAUUGCAAGUAUGGCCAGUAUAUUGGAAAUAUCAUCCAGGACAACUAGGAUACCAAAAACCUUCUUGAAACUGUUUCACAAUGGAAAAGGUCUUGAAGUCUCAGAAGCAGAACUGAAUAGGCCAAGUCUUGGAACAACAGUGACUGUAUACAAUUUAUACCAUCAGUUUCCUGUGAGGAGAAAGUGCAUGGAUUUCACACUGGAAUUUGAGAGACUGAGGCAUAAAGUAGAAGCUCUUUCACUUGUUCAUCCAUCUGUCUCUUUUUCUUUACGGAAUGAAGCUUCCUGUUCAAUGGUGCUUCAGCUACCCAAAACAAAAGAUAUGCGCACACGUUUUUCUCAGAUUUAUGGUCUAGGUAAAUCUCAGAAAUUACGGGAAAUAAACUAUAGGUCUGGAGGAUUUGAAAUAAUGGGCUUUAUCAGUUCAGAAGGACAUUACAAUAAGAAUAUUCAGUUUUUGUAUGUAAAUAAUAGAUUGAUAUUAAAAACAAAAUUGCAUAAGCUUAUUGAUUUUCUAUUGAGGAAACAGAGUGUUAUAUGUAAAACAAAAACUGGAUCUUUGCUCUCAAGUCCUGUCCACUAUCGUUCUGGCUCAGAACUCCAUGGUAUGUUUAUUAUCAAUGUGAAAUGUCAGCAUGAUGAAUAUGAUAUAUGUUUGGAACCUGCAAAAACUUUAAUAGAAUUUCGCAGAUGGAAUGUUCUCCUAACCUGCCUUGAAGAAGGAGUAAAGGCAUUUUUAAAGCAAGAACAUCUAUUUAUUGAGUUGUAUAGUGAAGCUACUACAGACUUUAAUGAAAGUAAUGAUUUUUGUUUGGGUAACACAAUAGCUUUACAGUCUUCCCUCCCCAAAGAGAAGGAUAUUCAGGAGAGCUUUAAGUCAGCUUGUGAUAAUAUUGUAGAAUCUUAUGAAACGUUUAAUCUGCAGUCAAAAUCUGUCAGAAGGAAAGUAAGUCUGACAAAGAAGGUAGCAGAUAAUAUACAACCUAUUAACAAUGUGAAAGAAGUAGGUGUUUACUCAGAUGUAGCUGGUUUUGAAACUGUUCAUGAAUUGAGAAGUAGUAAAGAUAGGUAUCUUCUGCCCAAUAAAAAUGAUACUAUUUCUGAUUUUCUAAAAUCCAAUAAAUUCCCUGAAGAGUCAGAACUACACAUUGAUGUUAUGAGUUCCAAAAGCCCAGAAGAACUUGGCAUCCAAGACAAGAUUUCAGAAACAGACCAGCAUUCUGAUACUUUGCUUUGUACUGAGAACCAUGGGAAGAAAGAUGCAAAUAGUCAACAAGAAGAUGCAGGAAUCCAGGAAAGAAGCCCUUUAGAUACUGUGGGAUGUACUGAAAUUGAAAAACAUAUUGAUGAAUUUAAAAGUAAAUAUAUUUUUGGACAUAGCAUGAUGGGAAAAUGCAAGUUGGAAAAAAAGAGCAGAGAAUCCUUUAUUGAGUUAAAUAUUGCUAGAGGAUUGAUGAUAGAACAAGAUUCUUUGGGUUCUGAAAACAUUACAGCAUAUUUACCUCAAAAUCAACCAUCAUAUAAAACAACAGAAUCUAGUAAUUUAUUAAACAGACAGGCUAAACUGGGUCCAGUAAGUGCCAAGGAUAUCUUUGAAAAACAGCUAGAAUUUUCAGAGCAGAUUCCAAGUUCUCUAGAAUAUAUGACAAAAACCAAUAUCAUACAUACAGGAAAUACAAAGGAAUGGCUUAAGAAAAAGAGUACAUCAGCCUCACUUCCUGCAGAUAGUACAGUGCAUUCUGUAAUACCGCAAGUGAAAGGAUAUAUACCUGUGGUGCCUGCAGAUUCAGUUAAUCAUCUAGAUGAUAUAAACAGCAGUAGGCAAAUAGAUGACAUUUCUAUUAGGGUUCAAUAUUGUGAUUCAACAAAAUUAAGUUGCCAUUCAAAACUGGGAUCACUAGAUAGGUUCAGAAAAUAUUAUGGGAAUUUAAAAAGGAAUGCAUCAAUAAAAGAUACAGAAAUAAGAAAUAGUGAUGAAGCACCAGUCUGUUCCAGAUCUGUGGCUGGUGAUAGAACAGAUCUACAGAAUAUUUGUGAAACGCCUACAAAAGUAUAUAUUGAGUCUAAUAAUAAUGACUGUAAUUGCUUCAUUCCCUUAGAAAAGUCUCAACAUUCCCCAGAAGAAAAUCUGGCAAUCAAAAAAGCUUUUAGUACAAAUACCAUUACAGAAUAUUCUCAAAAAGUAAGAAAAUCUCUAUCUGGAUCUAAUUGCACAAGGACACUCGCCUCUAAAGUGUCAAGAAUGAAAGAAUAUGAUAAGGAUGUUAUAAGUACGCAACCCAUAGAGAAAUCUUCAGUUCAAACUGAAGUGUGUUCAGACCCCAAAGAUAAAAGUAUAAAGCAUCUCACAUCUAGAAGUACUCAUUUGCAAAGUACCCAUAAAAAAUCUCAAUUUUGUCUUUCCAUAAGAGAGGAAGAGGAAGAAAGUAAUUGUUUUGCUUCAGCCUCUGAUAAACAAGGUAAUUCCAUGGGAACGUUGAGUGCAAGAGCAGAUGUGGAAGGAACUGUCAGUCAUUGUUUCAUUGACUCUGAUGGAGAAUACACAAUCUCCCAAGACAGACACUCAGUUCUGUGUAACAAAGUGGAUACUGACAGUUCUUGUGAAGACACAAGCAUUAUGGGUGAAUUUACAAAGCAAACUGUGAAAUGUAAUGAGUUUCAAAGUGGAAACGUGCCUGGAAAUAUGGAAAAGAACACAGAUGAUUCAAGUGUGAAUGAGAAACCAAAAUUAAGUCCCUCUGAGUGGUUUUAUAAGUUUGAUGCGUCAUUGGGCAGAAUGGUAUUCAUCAACAAAAUGAGUGGGCUGAGUUCCUAUAGAGCUCCUCAUGAAGAAACUUCGGUAGCUUGUACUCAGGAUCUAAGCACAAUAGCUGUAAAUGUCAUAGAGAAUGGGUUUCAGUGCAGGUGCCAUCCCUUUCGAAGUGAAGUUAUUGUGCCCUUCCUUCCAAAAGCACAGAAAGAGAGGAGUUUGGAAAGUCAGGAUUACAGAGCUGCACAAGAAGAAUCUCUUCAGGGCCUACUUUCAGAGUGGGACAAUCCUGUGUUUGCUCAAUGUCCAGAGGUUGCUCUAGAUGUUAGCAGUGAACAGGCAGAUACCCUUGCUGUGAAAAUACAUAACAUCCUCUAUCCUUAUCGGUUCACUAAAAAGAUGAUUGAUUCUCUGCAGGUCCUUAAUCAAGUGGACAAUAAAUUUAUUGCAUGUUUAAUCAAUACUAGGGAAGAUGAGAAUGAACAUGCAGAUGGAAAUCUUCUUGUACUUGUGGAUCAGCAUGCAGCCCAUGAGCGUGUCCGUCUUGAGCAACUUAUCACAGAUUCCUAUGACAAGCAACAUGAAGCACUGGGCAAGAAGAAAUUAUUGGCUUCCAUUUUGAAUCCCCCAUUGGAGAUUGAAGUAACAGAGGAUCAGAGAAGACUCUUACGGUGCUGUCAUAAAAGUCUGGAGAAUUUAGGCCUUGAAUUGCAGUUUCCCAAAAACAAUCUCUCUCAGAUUCUUGUUGGGAAAGUGCCACUGUGUUUUGUGGAGAGAGAGGCUAAUGAAUUGCGCCGGGGAAGGCAUCCCGUGACUAAGAGAAUUGUGCAGGAGCUCAUUCAAGAACAAAUUGAGUUAUUACAGACAACUGGUGGGGCACAAGGGACAUUACCAUUAACCAUUCUGAAAGUGCUAGCUUCCCAGGCCUGCCAUGGUGCUAUUAAAUUCAACGACAGCUUGACUUUUGAUGAAAGUUGCCAUCUUAUGGCUUCUUUGUCAUGUUGUCAACUGCCUUUCCAGUGUGCUCACGGGAGACCUUCCAUGAUGCCUCUUGCAGAUGUGGAUCAUUUGCAGCCGGAAAGUCAGCCGAAACCUAAUCUGGCCAAAUUAAGAAAAAUGGUUAAAGCCUGGAAGCUCUUUGGGAAAGAAAAAGAAUCUACUGUGGAAGUUGAAGCCUCAGCAGUUCUACCCGUAUGAAUACAGGCAGUACUUCCUGUGGAGAGACAAACUUGUGGAAUGAAUCCUCUUCAUUAAGAAACUGAAAGUGAGAAGAGCAAGACACAGAGAAGGAUUAGACAUAAUCUCAACAACUCAAUAUUGCCCUGCUCAGUAACAUAUGUUGGAGGACCUCAAACUUCAUUACACCACAAUCCCGUGAAAUGAGAAAUAAUUCUCUAUAAUCCUACUGUAAAUAAAACUAAUAAAAUAAGUGAAUUCAAAAA